AUGCGCCGAAUAAGAUUUAAAGGAGUUGAAAAGAAGGCUGAGGUGGAAGAUAACGUGGAGACUUUCCCAGAUGAACAAGUUUUAGCCACGAGCCUUGAGGUAUUGCCAUGGUAUGUAGAUAUUAUAUACUACCCGGAGAACGGUAUUAUUCCCUAUGAUUUGUCCUCUGUGCAGAAGAAAAAGUUCUUUCAUGAUUGUCGCAUGUAUUUAUGGGUUGAACCAUAUUUGUUUAGGAUUUGUAUUGAUAACAUAAUCCAGAGAUGUAUCCCUGAGAUAGACCAAGCUUUUGUUUUGCAGGCAUGUCAUGCUUUGCCUUAUGGAGGCCAUUUUGGAGGAGUAAGGACAACUGCUAAAUUGUUGAAGUUGGGAUUUUAUAGGCCGGCAUUGUUUAAAGAUGCACACUUUUGCGUAAAGAGUUGUGAUGAGUGCCAACAUACAGGGAACAUUUCCAAUCGACACGAGAUGCCCUUGAACCCAAUUCAAGAGGUAGAAGUAUUUGUUGUAUGGGGAAUCGAUUUUAUGGGACCAUUUGUCAGCUCAUAUGGUAACAAGUACAUACUGGUAGCGAUGGAAUAUGUCUCGAAAUGGGUAGAAGUCAUGGCAUUCCCAAUGAAUGAUGUAAAAAGAGUCAUUGGUUUUUUAAGAAAAAAUAUCUUCACCUGA